AUGGCGCAAUGUUUGAAGGUGCGUGGGUGCAGUGAGAAAGCUUUGCGUGGCAUCUUGAAAAUCGCCAGCAAAGAUGCGGUUCCAAAGUCCUACACAGGAUACAAACGCAAAGUCCGUGAUGAGCUGCCAAGCGAUUGCGUCCUGAAGGUGCCAGUGGGCCCAGAUGAGACUGGGAAGAUGGUGCACAUUGCUGUGACACACCUGCCAAAAUAUUUCCAGUACAUGGCAGUUCGCAGUGUGCCAUUUGUUCGGAGGCUUCUGUCAGUUGUUGAUAGAUCUAUGGGGUCUUUGCUCCAACCAUUGUUGUAUUGGGAUGAGGUGGUUUCUGGAAACCCUUUGGCGCCGCACAGUGCCAAAAAGGUUGCCGUUGGAUACGUGACCCUGUCCGAACUACAGCAGCGACAGAAGGAAGAAGUUUGGUUCCCUCUGUUCAUUGCCCAGCAUACGAGCUUAGAAUCUGUGGCAGGUGGGUUUUCGAAGACGAUGCGUGAAGUGGUUCUGUUGUUGCAAUCUUUCCACAUGGAACAUGGUAUUGCGCUUGAGCUGGAUGGUUACCAUAGAUGGCUGCGGGUGAACCUGAUGCAGGGUUAUUUCAUUGCAGACUUUGAUGCCAUCCGGGCAACUUUUGCUUGGCGAGGAAGUGCCUCGAUCAAAGCGUGCUUUGCUUGCAAAAAUGUGUGCAAAAAGGGCUCCAACUUACGUGACGAGGAAGGGUAUAUCACAGAAAUCUCAGAGACCGAAUGGGCUAAGCUUGAUCUUUGGUCGGACCAAGAAGUUUUUGAUCUUUGGGACUUGAUGGCCAGAGAGACGGGCAACAUGAACAAAAAACAACAAGAACGCCUUGAAAAGAUCUCUGGGUACAAUUUUCACGCAGGUGCUGUCCUGGCAAAUCCCAUAGCCAAGCAGAUUUUGAAACCUACACAGGUGCUUUUCGACCCAAUGCACAUAUAUUGGGCUUCUGGCGUGGCAGCGUGGGAGGUUGUCCAGUUCAUGGCUGUCCUUUCCACGAAGUCAGAUUUCAAGUGCGAGGAUUUGCAGGUUGCUCCUCCUUUGAUGUUGUAUCAUAUCAUUGAUGCUGUACCGGACACCGUGGCUGUGACACCAGAACUGCAAUCUUUCUAUGCUUUGAACAAGCUGCUGGCGACUUUGAAGAGCCUACAAAGAGGUAUCACAAAGGACAAGUGUGAGUUGCUGCUGCGACAAACUGAGCAAUACUUGAAGCUUUACAGAGAUGCCUACAAUGAUUUUAAGCCGAAACACCAUUAUCAGUUGCACCUCAGCCAGAUGAUCUGGCGUAGUCAGCUCUUGGUUGAUUGCUUUCCGCAAGAGGCUAAACACAGGACAUACAAAUACCAGAUUCAAAACCGCGUGGAUGGUUUAUUGCAGGAUGCUUUCCUCUUUGACGCAGGGGUUUUGUCACGGCUGUUGAAUUAUCAUUGCACCUUGCUGGAGAAACCUUUCUUGCCUGGAGAUUUGACGCCGCCAAUUUCUGAAAGCCACCAACAUGUCGAUGGGACCUUGGAGCUGGUGGAGGAAGGCAAAGCUUUGGAUCUGCAGAACGGAAGGGUCUAUAAGCAAGAUUUUGUUUUGAGCUCUGUCGCCAAUGGCCUUGUGGUUGACCAGUGGGCUUCCUGCGAUGUGACAGUGUGGCGCGAUGAAGGUUUUCAUAAGCUCGUUGCCGCGGACGAAUUUGAGAAAGACUGGCAAAAGCCCAGUCACUGGCACAUCCGCGCGGACGGCGGCAUUCUCUGCCUAUGGUGA